AUGUCUUUGAUAUUGUUUUGGAGUGCUUUGAACUUCAGCCAGAUAGUAAUGUAUUUUGGAGCUGAUACCAUUUUUCCGAAGUCUCAUGCUUCACAAAUCCUUGGUUUUAAAUUUCAAUAUUAUCAGCGUUUGGAAGUAUAUAGUCCGGUGCCAUUUGGGCUUUAUAAGCUUACAGCUUUGUUGGUGAAGGAGGACUUUAUUGAUCUUGAUAGCAUAUAUGCUCAUCUACUUCCCAAGGAUGAUGAAGCAUUUGAACAUUAUAGUGCUUUCUCUUCCAAGCGACUUGAUGAGGCUAACAAAAUUGGUAAAAUAAAUCUUGCUGCUACCGGGAAGGAUCUCAUGGAUGAUGAGAAACAAGGAGACGUGACAAUAGACCUCUUUGCUGCUUUAGACAUGGAAACAGAGGCAGUUGGUGAGCGGUCUACAGAGUGUGAAAAUAAUCAAACUUUGGGCUUGCUCACUGGUUUUCUUUCUGUAAAUGACUGGUACCAUGCACAUUUGCUAUUUGAGCGUCUCUCACCUCUACAUCCUGUUGAACAUAUUCAAAUCUGUAAUAGCUUGUUCAGGCUCAUUGAAAAAACAAUCUCUUCUGCAUAUGACACUGUUCGCCGAGCACAUCUCCUAAGUUUUGGGUCUUCCUCAGGAACCAGUGUUGAUGUAAUUAAUACAGAAAAUUCAUCAAGACAUGGAUCAUUUGUUGACCUUCCCAAAGAACUUUUUCAGAUGCUUGCUUCUGCUGGACCCUAUCUUUAUCGCGAUACUUUGUUGCUUCAGAAGGUAUGUAGAGUGUUGAGAGGUUAUUACUCAUCUGCACUUGAUCUUGUAAGCAGUGGUGAACGAGUCGUGGAUCCCACCGUUGGACAGGAGAUCUGGGAAGUGAUGAGUCUACUCCCCUAUGAGGUGCGGUAUCGUUUAUAUGGUGAGUGGGAGAAAGAAGAUGAACGCAUUCCUAUGGUUUUAGCCGCAAGGCAAACAGCCAAGUUGGACACUAGAAGAAUUUUGAAACGCCUUGCAAAAGAAAAUUUGAAGCAGCUAGGUCGGAUGGUUGCAAAGUUAGCUCAUGCAAAUCCAAUGACCGUACUUAGAACAAUUGUACAUCAGAUUGAGGCGUACAGAGAUAUGAUUACUCCUGUUGUAGAUGCAUUUAAGUAUUUGACUCAGCUGGAGUAUGACGUUUUGGAAUAUGUUGUGAUUGAGCGUCUUGCACAAGGAGGGCGUGAUAAGCUAAAAGAGGAUGGCCUUAACGUGUCAGACUGGCUUCAAUCUUUGGCUUCAUUUUGGGGUCACUUGUGUAAGAAAUACCCAUCUAUGGAAUUGAGGGGCCUUUUCCAGUAUCUUGUGAAUCAACUGAAAAAGGGCCAAGGAAUUGAGCUGGUUCUCCUUCAGGAGCUUAUUCAGCAAAUGGCAAAUGUCCAUUACACCGAGAAUCUGACUGAGGAUCAGCUGGAUGCCAUGGCAGGCAGCGAGACUCUUCGUUAUCAGGCAACUUCUUUUGGUGUUACUCGCAAUAACAAGGCAUUAAUCAAGUCCACUAACAGGCUAAGGGAUUCGCUGCUCCCCAAGGAUGAAUCGAAGCUGGCAAUACCCCUUUUGUUACUUCUUGCUCAGCAUCGUUCUGUUGCUGUGACACCGACAUCAGCAUAUGCUCAGCUAAUUCCUUCGCUUGAUGAUCUUGUCCAUCAAUACCACCUUGAUCCUGAGGUUGCUUUCUUAAUUUAUCGCCCUGUAAUGAGGCUCUUCAAGUGCCGUGGGAGUUCCGAUGUCUUCUGGCCUCUAGACAAUAAUGACACUCAGGGUAUCACCUCUGCAAAUUCAGAGUCUGAAGCUGCAGAGCAUUCUGGAAAUUUGGUUCUGGAUGUUGGCUCUCCAUCAAAGCCCGUAACGUGGUUGGAUCUUCUUAAUACUGUUAAAACGAUGUUGCCUCCAAAAGCCUGGAAUAGCCUCUCCCCUGAUCUCUAUGCGACAUUUUGGGGUCUCACGCUCUAUGAUCUUUAUGUCCCUAGAAAUUGUUAUGAGUCUGAAAUUGCGAAACAGCAUGCUGCUCUUAAGGCUCUGGAAGAGCUUUCUGAUAAUUCAGUUCAGCAAUAA